UGCGUGCAAAGCAUCACUGAUUAAUCGACAAAUAUGGCUGACAAACCAGAUGUGGCUGAAAUCAAGAAAUGUUAUAAGUCUAAGUUGAAGGAGACAGAAAGGCAAGAGAAGAGCCCGCUGCCUUCGAAAGAAACAAUUGAGCAGGAGAAGCAAGCGGGUGAAUCGCAACGAAAUCAGCCCUUCCAAAAUUAGGCACUGUACACUCCGCAAGCAGUGCCUUCUUAUUUUACUUCUUUCAGCUCUUUCUACUUG